AUGCUUACAUUAUCUGCGUUUAGUGUUAAACUGUAUAAUGUCACAAUGGGCCAUCUGGUUCUAGAACACAAUUAUCCGCGCAGCAGGUCCGAGCCGAGUACGGUUUCUGUGGAUAUCAAUGCUGUUCUGGAGAGUUUGAAGGCCGAGUAUUUGCGUGUUGGCACCUGGCUGAAUGUACUGGGCUACGUGCGAGAUUCAGCCACUCCAGAAUCUUCGUUUUCAUCGAGCCAAGCGGAUUUGCAACAACCCAGCAGUCAAUCUCUCACAAGUGCCAUUCCCACGAAAGUUGCAUCUCGUCCAGUCUUCAUUGAGGCCGUCAUGGUUUUCCCUGCUGGAGCGAUUGCACUGGGAGAAUAUGAGCGCAUCCUUCGACAUGUCAACGACGUGGAAAGCCGGAUUUAUCAUGCGGAGUGA